UGUCUGGAAAGAUCUCAUUUACUUAAGCAACAUUUUUUAAGUUAAUCAAACUUAACAGAAAUUAAUUUGUUGCCUCUAAAAUACUCAGAGUAGAGAAUGAUUAAUUGCUUCAAUUGAUUGAAUUUCUUACUCUUUAAAGUGAGGAAGGGAAGACCAGUCUGUUUUAGCAGCAUAUCUAAAGAGAAAUUGGAUGUAUGUUUUAACAGAAUCCUAUGUGCAGAUCACUAAUAUAUUUAGGUAAAAUUGCAUCAUUGUGUCUGUGCAGGUGAAUUCAGGUUUGUUUCUUAAUUGCAGAAAAAAGUUCCAAAUUCAACUAUAUCAUCUAACAGUUUGAUUGAUAGAUUUUGGUUGGGCUUUUUGACAUUCAUGGUGUUUUCUAGAAAUGCAAGAUCUUAGGUUGUUGAAAUUUAGCUUCACAUGCAAAAAUAGUUUUAAUUUUUUUUUUUAAGUCUUAUUUGUUCUGCUUAGUUUUGUGCAUAUGAAAUCUUUCUACAUAGUAUGAAUGAGAAAUAUAUUAAUUCAUAAAUUACUUUUAUAUUUACAGUGAUUAUUGGAUUGUAAGCUCAGGCAAAUAAAUGAAUCACAUCCAUGAAGAAACUAUGAAGAAAAUCAGUGUAGUGAACCUUGAUAAACUUUUAGAUAAUUUCUCAGAGAUAGAAAAGAAAAUAUCGGAAAUUAACGAAGCAAAUAACCUACUGGUUCUUCAGCUGGAGAAAUGUAACAGGUUGUUAACAUUAAGCCAAUCGAAGGAAGAAUCAGUAAAAGAAGAAUGUACUGCUCUACAGAAUGUGAUAAAGGGUCUAACACAAACCAUUGAAAACCAGUGUAAUGUGAAAGAUGAAAAUGAUAGACUGAAAGGUACCAUUCACAUCUUGGAACAGAAAUUAAAGGCUUGUGAACAGGAAUAUAAAGAUCAGAUUGAGAAACUUAUGCUAGAAGUUAAAAACAAAGAGGAAGAACACAAAUUAGAAAUAACACAGUUGAAUUGUGAGAUAAGAAAAAAAUUUGAAGUAAAAGAAGUGGAGUAUAGAGAACAGAGAGAGAAAAAAGAACUGGAAAUAUUAGAGCUAACUAGACAGCUGAAAAUUCAAAAUGAAGAGAAGCAGAAUGAAAUAAUUAAACUCCAGAUAGAGUUCAAUGCUAAAUUAGCACAAGUUCAGAAUAAAACAACAAAAUCAUUUUCAGAUGCUUCUGUUUUGCCACAAAGUGUAUAUCGAAGGAAGCUGCAACAUCUCCAGGAGGAGAAAAAUAAGGAAAUUGAAGUUCUCCGGAACACCAUAAGAGACUUAGAGCAACGUCUUAAUAAAGGCCAAGACCUGCACCUCAAACGGAGGCGAUUUUGAGUAAAUGACAUGAAAUAUUUCAGCAGUACAUAAAAUGAGAAACAGAGUAUUUCAAACUUGAAACUUGCACCUGAAAGUAUAAACAAGACAUGAAAAAAUGCAGAAUUUUUUUAUUGAAAACACUCUUGUCAAAUAUUCCAAAGGCAUGCAUUCUUUGAAUACCCAGGACUACUUUCUUGCUAAUCAGCAUUCACAAUAAAAAGAUUCAGGUUUCACAGGAGUAAUAAUUUCCCUAUUAAACCAUCAUUAAUUAUGGUGUAUGCUUUCAAAGCAGUUUUCCAGUCUUGUAUAUUCUCCUCUUCAUCCAGGAAUCCUUCAAACAAUUCUAUUUUUACUUCAACUCAGUUAAUCAAAGGUUACGGAUGCUAAGCUACGGACAGAGAAGUUAUACAAGUUCAAGUGGUAUAUUACCUUACUAACCAAUAUAGAUUAAUCAAAUUCAGCACUGUAAUAAACAAUUAUAAACAUUAAACCAAGAUUAAA